AUCCAGGGGCAGCCGUGCUUCUGUAAAUACGCCCAGGGAGCCGACAGCGUAGAGCCCAUGUUCAGGCAUCUCAAGAACACUUACACUGGGCUGCAGCUUGUUGUAGUAAUUUUGCCAGGAAAAACCCCAGUCUAUGCGGAGGUGAAGCGUGUCGGCGACACCGUGCUGGGAAUGGCUACGCAGUGCGUUCAGAUGAAAAACGUGCAGAGGACAACCCCGCAGACGCUGUCUAACCUCUGCCUGAAAAUAAACGUCAAAUUAGGAGGUGUAAAUAAUAUUCUGCUGCCACAGGGAAGACCACCAGUAUUUCAACAGCCUGUCAUAUUCCUCGGUGCAGAUGUAACUCACCCGCCAGCUGGAGAUGGAAAAAAGCCUUCCAUUGCUGCAGUUGUAGGAAGCAUGGAUGCUCAUCCUAAUCGAUACUGUGCCACUGUUCGGGUCCAGCAGCACCGCCAAGAAAUCAUCCAAGAUUUGGCUGCCAUGGUCAGGGAGUUGCUGAUUCAGUUCUAUAAAUCAACCAGAUUUAAACCAACUCGUAUAAUCUUCUACAGAGAUGGAGUUUCUGAGGGACAGUUUCAACAGGUUCUCCAUCAUGAACUGCUGGCUAUCAGAGAAGCGUGCAUUAAACUCGAAAAGGAUUACCAGCCUGGAAUUACAUUUAUAGUUGUGCAGAAGAGGCAUCACACCAGACUCUUCUGUACAGACAAAAACGAACGGGUUGGAAAAAGCGGAAACAUUCCAGCUGGUACCACAGUGGACACAAAAAUCACCCAUCCAUCCGAGUUUGACUUUUACCUGUGUAGUCACGCUGGUAUUCAG